AUGACUGUGCUGGAUGAGUCAAUGGGGUGCAUGAUGGGGCAGCACGACGAGUCCGGGAAGAAGGAAUGGGUUGUCUACUACUUAAGCAAAAAAUUUGCGGCCUAUGAGAUGAACUACUAUUUUCUUGAAAGGACAUGUUGUGCCUUGGUGUGGGCAGCCCAUCGUCUAAGGCAGUACAUGCUGAGCUACACCACUUGGUUGGUAUUCAAGAUGGACCCAGUCAAGUACAUAUUUGGAAAGCCCACUCUCAUCGAACGGAUCGCUCGAUGGCAGGUUCUGCUAUCAGAGUUCGACAUUGUUUAUGUCACUCAAAAGGCGAUAAAGGGAAGUGCCUUGGCAUAUUACCUAGCUCAACAACCCAUCAAUGAUUACCAGCCUAUUCAUCCGAAGUUCCCAGAUAAGGACAUCAUGAUCUUGUUUGAGGAGGAGGUGAAGGAUGAAGAUAGGGACAAAUGGAUAGUGUGGUUCGACAGCAUGUCGAACACACUAGGCCAUGGAGUAAGGGCAGUUUUGCUUACCCCCAAUGAUUAA